AUGACGGAGGCGUCACAGGAAUCGACUGCGAGGGCUUUUCUCCUGCAAAAGAGGAAGUCGUUUCGGCAGAGAUUGACCACUGUACUGAAUGAAGCCGAGCAAGCUAUGCAGGUCGUUGAAAGCUCUCAGGAUCACACCACUCGUUGUGAGGUACUGCUUCAGCGCAUCGUCAGAUUCUCCGCCAGCCUGGAUGACGUGGACAGAAAGUUGGAGCCUAUGUUUACAGUCGAAGAGGUUGAAGCGGAACUGGAGAGAAUGAUCGACUAUCAAGACCGGGUAACCACCAUCACCUGCUUACUGAAGAAACAUAUCGUCACACAGUCUUUGAGAGCUGCUUCCAUACUGGAGUCCAGAAAUCCUGGUGAGAUGGCGCUUCCCAUUGGAGAACGUAGUCGAACUGUAGGAGAUAGCCGUCACAGACCGCAGUUACCGAAGUUGAAACUCCUCAAAUAUAAUGGCAGUCAAGAGCACUGGCAGGAAUUUUGGAUAAGGAUCGAAUCCCUGGUAGACAGCAAUGCUUCCUUGUGGAACAACGAGAAGAUGUCCUACCUGACAGCGGUUCUUACUGGCGAGGCUGCAGCUUCAAUAAAGGGCCUCCAGCUGACGGGAGAUAUGUACGGCACUGCGGUCAAGAUGAUUAACGAAAGAUUUGGAAAUCCAAACAUGCUGGUACAGUUUCAUCUGAAGCGGUUGCUAGGUCUUCAGCCAGUACGCUCCUCCCGCAAUGUUCUCGAACUGAGUCGUCUUCGCGACACAGUGAAUGCUCAUAUGAGGAGUUUGAGGAGUGAGAAGCGCUGGGUACUACAGUCAAACCUCGCUUUACGAACACCCUUCGUUUCUCAAAAAAUCUUUCGUAAAUCGAGGUAUUCGUAA